UCAGAAGGCUUCACUUGCAGCAGCAAAGGGGCCUCCCUGUGUGGGCAUCGCUGCCUCUGCAAUAUGGACGCACAGCACUGCAAAAUGAAUGGUGACCCUUUCCAGGAAUCUAUGUACAUUGAAGAGUCCUCAAAUAAAAAUGGCGUGAUAUCUUUGAUUUUCUCUCUGAAAGAAGAAGUUGGGGCAUUGGCUAAAGUUCUGCGCACAUUUGAGGAAAAAGGUAUAAACCUGACCCACAUUGAGUCCCGACCUUCCCGUCUCAACAAAGAUGAGUAUGAAUUCUUCAUUAACUUGGAAGGCAAGAAUGUCCCAGCGUUGGACAAGAUCAUCAAGUCCUUGAGAAAUGAUAUCGGAGCAACAGUCCAUGAGCUUUCACGAACAAAGAAGAAGGACACUGUGCCAUGGUUCCCAAGAAGUAUCCAGGAGCUGGACAGGUUUGCCAAUCAGAUCCUAAGCUAUGGAGCAGAAUUGGAUGCCGAUCAUCCUGGGUUCAAAGAUCCUGUGUACCGGGCCCGGAGGAAGGAGUUUGCAGAUAUUGCCUACAACUACAGACAUGGCCAACCUAUUCCUCGAGUCACCUACACAGAAGAAGAAAAGAAAACAUGGGGCACCGUCUUCAGGGAGCUGAAGAGUCUCUAUCCAACUCAUGCUUGUUAUGAACACAACCAUGUGUUCCCACUACUGGAGAAAUACUGUGGCUACCGGGAAGACAACAUUCCCCAGCUUGAAGAUAUUUCAAAAUUCUUGCAGACCUGCACUGGGUUUCGCCUGCGUCCUGUUGCAGGCUUGCUCUCCUCUCGGGAUUUCUUGGCUGGACUGGCGUUCCGAGUAUUCCACUCUACACAGUAUAUUCGCCAUGCGUCCAAACCCAUGUACACACCAGAGCCUGAUAUUUGUCAUGAGCUGCUAGGACAUGUGCCUCUUUUUGCUGAUCCGAGUUUUGCUCAGUUUUCCCAG